GCUUCGAGUGGGAAGGAGUAUAAAGGUUUAAGAAUGGCGGUGUCUUUUCCAAGUCGAGUUGUCGAUAGUGAACCCUUGUAGAGACAACAAGGGAGAGAGAUGCGGCUGCCGUUAGCGAACCUGUUGGUGGUGAUCGGGUGCGUGGGCUUCAGCUGGGCCCAGAAUGGCUACGGCUACCUCCCCCCCGAAAUUCCCUUCACACAAGGCCCCGGGAACAACAUAAACGUCUUCGUCUCCACCACGCCUCGUCCCCGACCGCCCACGCCCACGACACGCCCACCAACACAGCCUCCGUCGCCGCCUCCUCCUUCUACACCUUCCAGACCUCCGUUUAAUCCUCCGACACAACCGCCCACUCUCCCACCCCGCCCACCCCCAACCCCCACCCGCCCAACAUUCACCCGCCCACCCCCAACCCCCACCCGCCCAUCAUUCACCCGCCCACCCCCAACCCCCACCCGCCCACCCUUCACCCGCCCACCACCUCCACCCUCCACCCGCCCACCACCUCCACCCUCCACCCGCCCACCUCCUCCACGCCCAACCCCGACCCCCGACGACCAUGACCACCACCACCACCACCACCACCACAGCGACGACCCUCUGCAGUGGCUCAGGGAUUCCGUCCCAGGUGAACCAGGCGAAGAUUACCCUAUCUUCGGGUGGCCGAUCAUUCAGACCGCCUUCACCUGCGCGGGCAAGGUUGCGGGUUUCUACGCCGACGUCGAAACGCGCUGCCAGGUGUUCCACGUGUGCAACAUCGACGGCUCGGGCAUCAAGUUCCUCUGCCCCAACGGAACCAUCUUCAACCAGGAACACUUCACGUGCGAGUGGUGGAAUCAGGUCUCCUGUGGCGACGCCGAGUCCUUCUUUAACCUCAAUAACGAGAUCGGUGUCGUUCCUCCUGAGAGUCCCUAUCAGCCCGACCGCCCGCGCCCCGUCCAGCCUCGUCCGCCCGCGCCCACGCCGGGAUCGCCGUCGGUCAAUGUGCCCUUCAUCGCCCAGACGCCUCGGCCGCAGCCUCCACCUCGUCCCGUUCUAACACAGACGCCCCAACCACUCCCCCCACCCACGCCCCGCCCACAGCGCCCUCGUCCUACGCCCCAGCCACCCCGCCCUCAACCCACGUUCAGCCCACAGCCUCCUCGUCCUGCCCAGCCACCCCGCCCUCAACCCACGUUCAGCCCACAGCCUCCUCGUCCUGCCCAGACACCCCGCCCUCAACCAACGUUCAGCCCACAGCCUCCUCGUCCUGCUCAGACACCCCGCCCGCAGCUACCUCGUCCCGUCCAACCUCAGACAUUCCGCCCACAACCCCCGCCGCCUCCCAGCCCACUCCCCUCUCAGACGCCCCGCCCACGCCCACCACCCACGCCCCGCCCACAGCUCCCUCGUCCCGUCCAAACCCCACGCCCGCCCCCACCAUUCCAGCCCCAACCUCCUCCACAGCAGACUUUCCGCCCACGCCCACCUCAGCCCACUACUUACCGCCCGCCCGCCAACCCCGUCACAGGAUACCCCGAUGUGCCAGACCCCCCCAAUGGCCUCUACCUGACCCCCAACUUCGGAAAGAGACUCAACUAAAAGGACUUUCUCGCUCUCUACAUGCUAGGCCGCGGUAGGACCCAGCUAGGACUUGCCCCCCACCACCCCAGCCCCCAACCUCACCUAUCCUCCUCCCCCCCUCCCCCCGCGUCCUGGGAAGAGACUCACCUAGAAGGACUCUCACCUGGGACCUCUUCACCCCCUCCCCCUUGCCCCUCUCCCUCCCCCCUUCCCUCCUGACCUACCCCCCCCCCCCUGCCUCAUCCCCUUUCAACCCCUUCGGAUCGAACCAGCCAAUUAGGACACUAAAGCAGGUUUCUUUGUGUCCCUGUCUAUUUACACUAUUAUUUUUCCUUCCCUUUUUUAUUCCUUGUAUUGUCUCUUUCCUCUCUUCUUUGAACAGAAAAGAAGGGGAAAGGGUUCAUAUUUCUUUUGUAUAUGGAGAAAACAAAAACAGAUCCUUUGCAUAUGACGAAACAACGAAUGUGUUGUUUAGAGAAGUGUUUAUUGGGGUGUCUGUCUAUGUAUGCUAUUUGAAUCUUUUCUUUGCUAAAAUAUACAUUUUAAAUAUCAGACACUGUUCAUUCUGUACAUAAACCUACCGCGAGUUAUACACAUGCAUAAUUAUAUAUAUACAUACAUAUAUAUACAUAUAUAUAUAUAUUUAUAUAUAUAUAUACACACAUACACAUAAAUAUAUACAUAUGCAUAUAUAUGUGUAUAUAUAUAUGUAUGUAUGUAUUUAUGUAUGUAUGUAUGUAUGUAUGUAUGUAUAUGCCUAAAUAUAUCUUGUGUCAUACCGAUAUCCAAAUGAUUAAAUACAAACAUAGGAAGCAAUAAAGCUCAUUGUAAAUUAACGAAGAUGUCAAAAUAACACACACCAAAAAAGGAACAACAUGAAGAAGAAGAAGCACAGUAAUAAAUAAACAAAAUCGUAUUUUCUUUUUACCUCUCUCUCUCUCUCUCUGUCUCUCUCUCUCUCUCUCUCUCUCUCUCUCUCUCUCUCUCUCUCUCUCUCUCUCUCUCUCUCUCUCUCUCUCUCUCUCUUCCUAGCAAAUGUUAUAGCCUUUCCUAAUGCUUUCCCUAAAUACUGGUGGUCACAAAAUAAGAACAAGAAACACAAAACACACAAAAGUAUAAAACAUUUGUUACUGAUAUCAAAACGUGUGUCUGAAAAUUGGUGGUUUCCAUAAAUUGUCCUGGUUUAUAUAUCUUGACGAGCGAAGGUCUUUUGAAAAAGGGAACGAGAAAUAGUUUGAUAGAAUUUGAUAAUUCAUUUUCCUUUUUUUCAGUAUACAUAUUCCAUAAAAUCUUGUAGAAACUGUGAUAAAACAAAAUCAGAACGGAGCGACUUCACAGAAAAUGGGACUCGAUCUUAUGAACGAUCUAAGAGAAUACGUUUAAUUCUUUAGUAAAUAUGUUUAUGUACAAUAUAGUUCAUAACAAAAAAAGUAUAUAAAUAGAUGAACAUAUAUAUAUAUAUAGAGCCAUCCUUCACUGUAUAUUCUCGUCAUGCUUUUCGAUAUGAUAAAAAUGAUGAUAAAAAGUUAAUAUUCAUGUAAUAAGUGUUUGUUAUAUGGGAUCAGAACAUAUAUGUGUAUUCAUGUAUGUCUCAAAUUGGAUUGUGUACAGAGCUGGUCGUGCUUACAUGUAGUGUCUAUAGAAAUAUACAUAAAACGAUGAA